AUGGCGCAUCCCCUCGUAGAUUUGGCUGCCCAAAUCACCAAAACAGCGAAACUAAUCGACAACUUCAUCGACGCCAACGGCCAUUCACAGCCCUCAUUCGAUGUCGAUGCACCGACUGCAUUUCCUCCAGCCACCGAGGAGAUCCUCGCCGCGCGCCGGCAGCUGCUAGAUGCAUCGCAGGCCAUUACAGAGUUACUGAUUAGCCCCGCCGAGUAUUUGCGCUGGUUUUCAUGCAGGCAUCAUGAUAUGUCCAGUCUCCGAUGGCUCCACCAUUUCAAAAUCGCCGAAGCCGUGCCGCUAGAUGGCACGAUCUCCUUUGCAGAGAUAGCGAAGCGAACCGGCGUCGAUGAAGACCUGCUCAAACGAGUCUUGCGCUAUGCCAUGACCAACCGGAUUUUCCGUGAGCCAGAGCCCGGUCUAGUAGCUCAUACUUCGGUAUCGGCACUGCUGGUCCGAUCAAAAUCGCUGAAUGACUGGGUUGGCUACACGUGCGACGAGUCUUACCCGGCCUCUGCGAAACUCGUGGAGGCACACCAAAAGUAUGGUAAUAGCCAGAAGCCAAAUGAGUCAGCUUAUGGCAUAGCUUUCAACACGGAUGAACCCAUGUUCACCCAUCUCGCCAGAUUCCCCAGCCGUGAGCGGCGAUUCGCCAACACCAUGAUUGAGAUGACCUCCACUGAAGGCUAUGGUGUCCAGCACCUGGUAGACGGAUACAAGUGGGAAGCUGUUGGAGAAGCAACUGUUGUCGAUGUCGGUGGCUCAACCGGACACGCGUCCAUUGCUAUUGCAGAAAAGAAAGCUCCGAAUGCUACCUUUAUAGUCCAGGACCUCUCGACUGUUAUAGACCAGGGAAAGAAAUCGCUUCCACAUGAACUUGAAUCCCGGUUUACAUUCCAAGAACACGAUUUUUUCACACCACAGCCGGUUUCUGCGGACAUAUACCUUCUCAGAUUCAUUCUGCACGAUCAUCCUGAUGCAAUCAGCCAGCAGAUAGUGAAGAGCUUGGUUCCUGCAAUGAAGAACGGAUCUCGCCUGAUUAUCAAUGACGGUGUACUUGCGGAACCCAACACAUUGCCCACAAUUGAAGAGCGGAUUUCGAGGAUCAUGGAUAUGGAAAUGAUGACUACUUUCAAUGCUCGCGAGCGGCCGCUCGCAGACUGGGUGAAGCUAUGUUCUGACGCCGACAGCCGGCUUAAACUGCGCUCUGUCUCGCGGCCAGAAGGGAGCGUACUCUCCAUCUUGGAGUUUGUCUUUGAUGAUUAG